AUGCAGUCCCCCUUCAACUACGCGGAAUCUUCGUCUUCCUACUCCUCCUCACCCGGCGAUAUGGACUUCUUCUUUCGCGGUCCGUCCGUCUACGAUAAUAUGUGCGACGUCGCCAGUUCAUUUUCCACCCCGGAGUUCGCUCCCGAGUUCGUAUCGGAGCCAUAUAGUUACUCCUUCACUAGUGCACCAAAUGCGCCAUAUAUCUAUGGACCUAUGGAAGUCCCUGUCUUUGAUACUUCAUUGUCAAUCACGGCGACCGGACUACCCAGUAGUCCUACCGCUAGUAGCUGUGGAAGCUCAUACGGUAGCUUGAACAUGCCGGAGGAGGUUCCCAUGCCUAAUUUUCCUCUCACAAGGGACUAUUCGGGUCUUGAAUCACCCGUUCCAUCCAAGCCAGCCAAACCCUUCGGCUGCGACGACUGUGGUAAAUCUUUCACGCGCUUUGCGGAUCUAAAGCGUCAUCAGUCUAGCGUCCACUACCCAGUGUUUCGCAACUGUCCUGUUGAACACUGCUCUCGCAAAGGCGCCAAUGGAUUCCCUCGCCAGGACCACCUGGUUGAACAUUUGCGUUCUUACCACCAUCUCGAUGUACCUAAGCGGCGAGCCUUGAAACGAUCUUCCAAGGAUAUGACAUGA